UCUCCACUCUCCACGCGCGCAGCCCCUCACCACCUUCCCGCCCGGGGGGAGGGUUCUGUGCCGGGGUGUGGAGCGGAGCGGAGGGCACCGUCCCCGCGGAUACAUCUGCCGCUCGCUGUCCGCUCCGCAAGGCGGAGAGCCGCGCCCCUCAGCGCCAGGCGGCUCUGAGCGGGCGGCAGCGCGGCGUGCCCGGGGCCGGGAUACCCGCAGGUUCGGGAGCCCCAGGAGCUCCGCGUGCGUCUGUCCUCCGCGGGGUUUCCUUUCAGUGGUGUUUCCCCUCAGGGCUCCCCCUGAGGACUCGAGAAGCGCCGGUUCUUUGCUCUGCCCUCAGCGCUGCGCUGCCGUGAGGAGCUGCCACAAGAGGUGGUGCGGCCGCUGCGCUCCGUGACUCACGGCUGUGCGAGAGGCUCACGCGUGUUUCAUUGUUGUACAAUUAAAGAACGCAUCUCUGGGAAGGGAAGCGUGGAACCUCAGCUUCUCACCGAGGCGAUUCACACGCGAGGCGCGGGAGCAGACGUAGCAUUAGCAUAGGAGCCGUGUCAGAUCCUGUGCUGCACUGAGUCAUGGCGCUGGAGGCGGGUCGGCGCAUUGUUAGGAGGCUGUUGUAGAAGAAAUUAUACUUGUAAGUUUUUUGGAGCGACGGGAGCAAUAUCUUUCUUAUUUGUGCGUAGGAAGGAACUGAGUCAAGUACGACUAGAGAAUGUUAAUGCUGAGUGUUUAUCUCAGUGCUCGUGGAAUCCGAGGGAGAGGCCCGCGGUUCCCCACACUAACAGGGUUACAUCUAGACUGUGGUUUUCCAAAAGCCCCGAGGUCUCGCACCGACAUCAUUAAGUGUAUUUCUGAAGAUGUGGAUACACGGUUUUAAAAGGAACAUGAAGCUUAUUGAUAAUCACCUUUCACAGUUUUUGAUAUCCCUCUUAUUAAGCAUAAACAUUUCAUGUGGGCAUCUUUUCAAUAACAUAGUUUCUCAGUUCAGUUUAUGACACCAAACUUGUUACAGAGGUGCAAAGCGUAAUCACCUGGAAAUGGAAAAUUCUGUGAAAAAUGAAUUUGAUGACAUGCAUGACAAGUCACACUCAGUUAUCUGAAAAUUGAGUCAUGUUCUUACAAAUCAAUGACCUUUGGAUGGCUGUUUGAAGAUUGCAUGUUGGAUAAAAUUGUUAACGUGGUGCGGAGGAGGAAGGGGUGCACUGCUGGCAGCAGGUUGUGCAGCUCUGCAGUUACCACAUAUUAAGGCUGAAAUGUGAGCCUGAAGUGCCUCCAAAGGAAUGGCAAAUAGCUCCUCUCAAAGAGAUGUUAAGAUGGAUAAAGCCUCGGUUAGAAAGAGUGACCCGAGAGAAAUGUUUUUGUAUUGAGGUUCUGGAAUCAACUCUGGUUGAGAACCAUAAAGAGAGUCUUUGCUUUAGAAGGUGGGGGUUCCCUGGAGCUGGCUGUCUCCAUGGGGUGCUUUGCAGCACUCAUACUUCAGUUACUUGCUGGAGACACGUGGAGGAAGUCAGCAACUUAGAGAGCUGUUGGCUGAAGCUCUGUUUGAUUUAUCAGAGAGCUCUGCAUUAAAGAAUCUCUGUUAUUUGGACAUACUUUAAUGCUGUUCUGCUCUGUAUGAGUCACUUUCUGGAUUUUGUUUACAUGCUGUCUCCUCUAGUAUGAAAAUGUUUAGACUGUUAAAAAGUGUUCGGGUGACUGUGUAGUUUCUGUUCAUGUCUGAUUUGUUUAUUAGGUGUAAGUAUUGCUUCCAUGUUUGUUAACUAUUAGCAUUUAAAAAUACGAACCCAAAACUUUGUUUUGAAAGGAAUGCUCAUCCAAAUGUUUGCUGCAUUUUGACAUUCACAGCAAUGGAACGUGUAGGGCUGUGGGCUGACUCACUUCAUUCCUGCACAGAGCUUCGUAGCUUUAAAACUACGUAGCUAGCAAGAUGUAAAGUGUGCGCAAUUACUUUGACCUCUGCGCCAGAAUUAGUCUUUGCAACAGCUAAUUUUGAUGUGCACAGUGCAGAAAUUAUUCUCUUAAAAUUUGGUCUACCUGUUCUAUUGACUUUUCACUGAUGAGGUUUAGAAAUGUCACUGAAUUGCUAUUUUGCACCUGUGUGGUUUUGUGCUCAAUGUCUUACAACGAGGAAGUGAGGAUGUGGAGAUUUUCCCACUAGAAACCAAUUCUAUACCUCUGAUAUGAAUCUUCCACAUCAUUUGACUUUGGAAGAUUAUUUAACCAACUAUUAUAAUUCUUUCUUGUACCUUGAGGAGGAAGAGGCUCAUGCAGUUGGGAAGAUGAAGUUGGCUUUGGAAGUCCACCCCAAUGCUCUGGCGUAUUCCAUGACCACGUUGGGUGCUGGAAUGAUGAACAGUAUCUUUAAUUUCUACUACGUCAAGCUUUUCCUAAACCAAUACAGAAUUUCAGAAGUAGCGUUUCAUCAAGCACAGGUUGUAUUUAUGAUAUGGAACGCCAUUAAUGAUCCACUUUUUGGCUAUAUUCAAGACAACUCCCAAUUGCCAUGCUGCUCCAGACGCCAGUUUUCAAUUCUGUACGGAGCUCCGCUAUACGCGUUGGCCUUUUUGCUUCCUUGGUUUCCUUGGAGACAUUAUGAAGAAGGUGACUGGCUGAGUGGGCUCCACCUCAUUGUUGCAUUAUGUGCUUUUGAUGGUUUGCUUACCUUUGUGCUGCUCGCACAGUGCGCGCUCUUUGCAGAAAUUUCAACAAGACAUGAAAGCAGGCUUCAGCUUAUAAAAUACAACCAAGUAGCAACAUUAAUCGGAUCAACAAGCGUUCUCUUUUGUGGCCUGAUAUCAGAUAAUAUGGAAAAUUUUGCUUAUUUUCAGGCUUUUGCUGUUUUGAUUGCAGCAUUAGCAACAGCUUGUAUGUAUUACACAGGCAAAUACAGUACCAGUCAGUAUGAGCAGAGAGGAAUUCCUGCCGAGAAUGCUGAUCGAGGCAAUGGUGACAGAGCUCUCUCCUGGUCCUCGGUGAUCUCAUUAACCAAACAGAUUAUGACAGAGAAAAACUUUUUAUUUUUUGUUACUAUGAACUUCUUCCAAGUUUUCCACUUAGCCUUCUGCAACAAUUUUAUGAUGAUCUUUGCGGAUAAUCUCAUUCCUCAGGAUGUCCUUUCUUCUUCUAUAAGAAGCAUCAUGUAUGGAGCAGGCUUCAUUUGUCCUCAGUGCCUUGUUCUUCUCAGUCAUGCUUCGUUGAAGAAGUUUGGUUAUUACAGAAUCAUCUUGUUUUCCUUUUACUUUGAAGGAGUAGCCGCCGCUGUCAUGUUUGUUCUAGGACCAGGGCAUUAUUAUCUCUUGGCAUUUUAUCUGACAAUAAACAUGGUAAUUGUACAAGCUUCGUUUAGUUUGUUCAAUUUGCCUUUGGCUGAUAUUGUUGAUGCAGAUUUAAUCAAGCACAAGCGAAGAUCACCGCUUUCCUCUAUGGUUUUUGGUACCAAUGCUUUAUUUACCAAGCCUGCUCAGUCUUUGGCUCCAAUGCUUGUGGUUACAAUACUGAAUCAAUUUGGUUAUGAGAACUUGAAUAAUGAAGUUGCUCAGCAUGAUCCAAGGUGAGUUCAAAAGGGAUACUUUAAAUCAGAGAAACUAAAGGGAAAUAAUCCUGUCAUAUAAAAAACACAUUAGUCUGCUGUUAGUUUCCAUCAGCUGCACUUCAGAAACAGUUUUCUGUGUGGUAUUAUUUUGUUGUUAGGUAGAAAUAGAAAUGUUUUCUAGUUUGUUGGUUUUGUUUAUUUGUUUUUUACGAAUAAACCUUCUAUCAAGCAAUACAUUUGAGGAUACCUACCUAAUUUUGAGGGGGGGGGAAAAGGAUACGUUGCAAUAUUUAACCAUUUUUGGUUCUCUGUGAAAAAUAAAAAGCAAUGUUUGAGAUUA